AUCACACAACCCACAUAAGUUGCCUCACACGUCCCAUCUUUCUUCUUCCCCAACCCCUACCCCCUAUCUACUGCUCCUAUGGAGUACUAUAACUAAAUGAAAUUCAUCUCAAUUUAUUCUUCUUCCAUUGACGCUUACAAUCAUUUUGGUUAACUCCCACAGAUAUUUUAUAGUUAGUCUAAAACAGAACAAUGUUGGAUCUCAAUGUAAGCGUAAUCUACAAUAAUGACCUUCCACAAGUUUCUCUACUUGAUGAAUCAGCCACCUCCAAUUCAUCCUUACGAAAUGCGGAAGCUACAACCAGUGCCGGUGACGAAGAUUCGUGCGCCGGUGAGUUGUUCGCUUUCAAUUUUGGAAUCCUCAAAGUUGAAGGAGCUGAGACUAGUAGGAGCAGCAACAACGAUGAUGAGGAAGGAUACGGUAAGAAUCAGAGAGUUACUCAUUCUCAAUUCGUGACUAGGCAGCUGUUUCCCGUUGAUGAUGGUGAGUUGAACCGGAAACAAACCGAUCGGGUCAUUCUCUCCUCCGCUCGAUCCGGUACUUCUAUCGGUUUUGGAGAUGUGCGGAUAAUACAACAGCAACAAACGGAGCAACCGAAACAACAAGUGAAGAAGAGUAGGAGAGGCCCAAGGUCAAGAAGUUCACAGUACAGAGGUGUCACUUUCUACCGUAGAACUGGUAGAUGGGAAUCACAUAUAUGGGACUGUGGGAAACAAGUAUAUUUGGGUGGUUUUGAUACUGCUCACACAGCAGCAAGAGCUUAUGACAGAGCUGCAAUUAAAUUUAGGGGUGUUGAUGCUGAUAUCAACUUUAGCUUAAGUGAUUACGAGGAGGAUAUGCAACAGAUGAAAAACCUUGGUAAAGAAGAAUUUGUGCACUUGCUGCGACGCCAUAGCACUGGUUUCUCAAGAGGGAGCUCCAAAUUCAGAGGAGUGACGCUACAUAAAUGUGGCAGAUGGGAGGCUCGGAUGGGACAGUUCCUCGGGAAAAAGUAUAUAUAUCUUGGGCUGUUCGACAGCGAAGUAGAAGCUGCAAGGGCCUACGAUAAGGCGGCAAUUAAAACUAGCGGAAGGGAAGCUGUUACCAACUUUGAGCCAAGUAGCUAUGAAGGGGAAACAAUGUCUUUACCACAGAGUGAAGGUAGCCAACAUGAUCUUGAUCUGAACUUGGGGAUAUCGACCACUUCUUCAAAGGAAAAUGACAGGUUGGGAGGUUCUCGCUAUCAUCCUUACGAUAUGCAAGACGCAACAAAACCUAAGAUGGAUAAACCUGGUUCAGUAAUAGUUGGAAGUUCACAUCUCAAGGGACUACCAAUGUCGUCCCAACAAGCUCAAUUGUGGACUGGAAUCUAUUCUAAUUUCUCUUCCAGCUAUGAGGGAAGAGCAUAUGACAAGAGAAAGGACACAGGUUCAUCACAAGGACCUCCAAAUUGGGCACUGCAAAUGCCUAGUCAGGUUGAUACAAACAGCCCAUUGACAAUGUUCUGCACGGCAGCAUCAUCAGGAUUCUUCAUUCCAUCUACUACUUCUAUCACUUCAUCAACAUCUGCAUUAGCAACUUCAACAAAUGCCUCGCAGUGCUUUUACCAGAUUAAUCCCCGCCUACCACUUCCAUAACAUGUACUUAUCCGUAACUAGUAAUAUAGGUAUAAACAUAGUCAUUGAUUUCUUUUGUAUGAAUAACAUUUUUGUGGAUUGGAUAAUUUUUAGAACUGCUUCAGGAUCUGAUAGGUAAAGAUUUGAACUAUACUUACAGAUUGAUAUAGUAUUUGUACUUAUCCUUGCUUA